AUCUCCCCAAUUUCUUGUCGCCCUUGUUACCCUCCGACCACGACCUGCCUAGCCUCCUCACUGCCAGCAUCCGGAAUUGCCUGUACCACCGUAAUGUUUCGUUCUGCUGCCUGGAGGUCGCUCACGUCGACACGAACGCUGGCGACCCACGCUUCCCCAGCCUCCUUCCCGUCCAACCGGGUGACGCGACACGACUGGACGAAACAAGAGAUCCAACAAAUUUACGAUUCCCCUCUUCUCGAUCUCGUCUUCCGUGCUGCUUCUGUGCACAGGCAGCACCAUGAUCCCAACAAAAUACAGCUCUGUACCCUCAUGAGCAUCAAAACUGGAGGAUGUUCUGAAGACUGUUCCUACUGCUCCCAAUCGUCCCGGCAUGAUACCAGCAUUAAAGCUUCGCGCCUCCUCGAUGUCGAGCCCGUGAUAGAGGCCGCUCGCAAAGCAAAAGAAAAUGGCAGUACCCGUUUCUGUAUGGGGGCUGCAUGGCGCGAUCUUUCUGGACGUAAACGUGGCUUUGAAAGAAUCCUGGACAUGGUCCGAGAGGUCCGCGGCAUGGGGAUGGAAGUCUGCACCACUCUUGGUAUGUUGUCCCCAGAGCAGGCUCGUCAACUAAAAGAGGCUGGUUUGACGGCGUACAAUCACAACCUCGACACUUCGCGAGAGUUCUACCCUGAAGUCAUUACAUCUCGGACCUACGAUGAUCGAUUAGACACCAUAGAGGCUGUCCGUCAGGCUGGGAUUAGUGUGUGUUCCGGAGGAAUAUUAGGCCUUGGUGAAAAAGACGCUGACAGAGUUGGGCUCAUCUGGGAGGUUUCAAGGAUGCCUGAACACCCCGAAUCCUUUCCUGUCAAUGCCUUGGUGCCUAUUCCUGGGACUCCGCUUGAGGACAAUGAACCUGUUUCCCAUCAGAUUCUUGUUCGGACAAUUGCUACAGCACGGAUGGUUCUGCCAACUACUAUCAUCAGACUCUCAGCUGGUAGAAAUACACUCACUGAAGCAGAGCAGGCGAUGUGCUUCAUGGCCGGCGCAAAUGCGGUGUUUACGGGCGAACAAAUGCUGACUACUCCCUGCUCCCCCUGGGACGAGGACAAAGCAAUGAUGGGUCGCUGGGGUUUGGAAGGUAUGCGGAGCUUCGAACAGAUUAACGUUGCCCGGAAAGAAGAUGCUCAAAUUGAAAACACGGACCGGGCUGCAUCCAGACGCUCGAAAGAAGCAGAUCUGGGGGCUUCAACAUAAUUAGAUGGUGAGUGGAUUCCAGCGACAUAUAUCCAUUUCACUGCCUUGAUUACUUGUAUGUAGAUGAACGUACACGUCACUGAAGAACAGACGGAGGAUGUACACGAG